GAGGCGCGGCCGGGGCGAGAGCGCGCCGAGCAGGCCGCCCAGCCCGCCGCGGGGAGCGGGCGCCGAGGCCGGCCGGGCCCCGACCCCCAUGGCCGCCCGGGCCUCCGGGCCGCGACGUCGCAGCGCCGGACCGCGGGCCCCCGAGUGAGCGCGCGCCGAGGAUCUCGUCCGGCCGCCGCGUUCUGGAAGAGCCGAGGGGAGAGCGCGCGCGAGCGGAGGAGGAGCAGAGGCGGCGCGGGGCAGGGAGGCGGCGAGCCGCGCGGCGCCGGCGCCCGGGAGACCCAGGAGGAGCCCGCAGAUGGGCUCUCAGCCUGGCCCCGGCCCCGCCGGCCCGCGUCCCCGGGCGUCGAGGAGGGGACGUUUCAUGCCUGCAGCCCCCCAUCAGCGUCUGCGGGGAGGAACAGACAGAUUCCAGAUGGCCUGGCGGUGACGGCGGAGGUGUGUGCGCGCGCGCGCGCGGGGGUGCGCGCGCGUGUGCGGUGCGUGUGCGCGCGCUCCAGGCCCUGGCAGCCAGCCCGCGUCAUGCAGUCUUUUCGAGAGAGGUGCGGUUUCCAUGGCAAGCAGCAGACCUACCCGCAGACCUCACAGGAGACGGCGCGCCUGGAGAGUUACCGGCAGCCGGGCCAGGCCGGGCUGAGCUGCGAGCGGCAGCGGCUGCUGGGCAAGGACUACUACGGCCCACAGCCCUUCGCCGGCUACGAGGGCGGCGGGGGCACGGCCGCCGCGGCGCGCGCCCCCAAAGGCCUGUCCUCGCCGCCCGCCCCGCCCGGCAGGCCGCCCUUCGCGGGCUACGCCGUCCAGGACGGCAGCGCCUACCCGGGCCGCUACUCGGGGGAGGAGGGCCUGCAGGCCUGGGGGGCCCCCCAGCCCCCGCCGCCCCAGCCCCUGCCCGGGGCGGUGGGCAAGUAUGACGAGAACCUGCUGAAGAAGACAGCGGCGCCCCCCGGCCGGCAGUACCCGGAGCAGGGCGCCCAGCUGCCCUUCCGGACGCACGCCCUCCACGUCCAGCAGCCGCUGCCGCCGCCCUUGGCGUACCCCAAGCUCCAGAGGCAGAAGCCGCAGGGCGACCUCGCCUCGCCCCUGCCCUUCCCCCCGGGCGGCCACUUCCCCCAGCAGGCCCAGUCCUUCCCCGCCGCCUCCACCUACUCCCCCGCGGGCCAGGGCGGCGGGCAGGGCGCCCACGCCUACAAGAGCUGCACGGCCCCGUCCGCCCAGCCCCACGACAGGCCGCUGACCGCCAACGCCAGCCUGGCCCCGGGCCAGCGGGUCCCGAGCCUGCACGCCUACCCGCCCGGCCGCCUCGGCUAUGACCCGCAGAAGCAGCAGCAGCAGGCCCUGCCCGGCCGCCAGCACACCCAGGAAAGCCUCCACUACCAAAGCCUCGCCAAGUACCAACACUACGGGCAGCAGGGCCCCGGCUACUGCCAGCCGGACGCGGCCGUCCGGACCCCGGAGCAGUACUACCAGACCUUCAGCCCCAGCUCCGGCCACUCACCCGCACGCUCCGUGGGCCGCUCGCCCUCCUACAGCUCCACCCCGUCCCCGCUGAUGCCCAGCCUGGAGAGCUUUCCCUACAGCCAGCAGCCGCUCGGCCCCGGGCCCUUCCCCUCCGGCCCCGCCGACCACAGCCACUUCUUGCCGCUGCUCAACCCCUCCCCGACGGAUGCCGCCGGCUCCCUGGACGUCCAGGCCGCCAACUGCAAGGCGCUGCAGAAGGACAAGCUCCCCGAGAGCCUGCUGUCGGACCUCAGCCUGCACAGCCUCACGGCGCUGACCUCGCAGGUGGAGAGCAUCUCCAACACGGUGCAGCAGCUGCUGCUCUCCAAGGCGGCCGUGCCCCAGAAGAAGGGCGUCAAGAGCCUGGCGGCCCGGACCCCAGAGCAGCACAAGAGCCAGCACUGCAGCCCCGAGGGCAGUGGCUACUCAGCCGAGCCGGCGGGCACGCCGCUGUCGGAGCCGCUGAGCAGCACGCCCCAGUCCACGCACGCCGAGCCGCCCGAGGCCGACUACCUGAGCGGCUCCGAGGACCCCCUGGAGCGCAGCUUCCUCUACUGCAGCCAGGCCCGCAGCAGCCCCGCCAGGGUCCACGGCGGCGCCAAGGCCAAGCCCGAGUCCGUGUCCACCUGCUCCGUGACGUCACCAGACGACAUGUCCACGAAGUCCGACGACUCCUUCCAGAGCCUGCACGGGAGCCUGCCACUCGACAGCUUCUCCAAGCUCGUGGCUGGCGAGCGGGACUGCCCGCGCCUGCUGCUCAGCGCCCUGGCGCAGGAGGACCUGGCCUCCGAGAUCCUGGGGCUGCAGGAGGCCAUCGGCGAGAAGGCCGACAAGGCCUGGGGCGAGGCGCCUGGCCUGGCCAAGGACACCGGCAAGCCGCCCUUCUCGCUGGAGAACCACAGCGCCUGCCUGGACCCUGUGGCCAAGGGUGCGUGGCCGCGGCCGGGGGAGCCAGAGGCCCUGCCCGAGGCCCUGCAGCUGGAGAAGGGCGGCAGCGCCAAGGACUUCAGCCCGGGGCUGUUUGAGGACCCCUCCGUGGGCUUCGCCACCCCCGACCCCAAGAAGACAAGCGGUGCCCUCUCCUUUGGCGCCAAGCCCACCCUGGGGGCCGCCGCCACGGACCCUGCCACGGCGGCUUUUGACUGCUUCCCAGACACGACCGGGGCCAGCUCGGCGGACGGCGCCAACCCCUUCGCCUGGCCCGAGGAGAACCUGGGGGAUGCCUGUCCCCGGUGGGGGCUGCACCCUGGCGAGCUCACCAAGGGUCUGGAGCCGGGCGGGAAGGCUGCCGGCGGCGUCAGCCAGGAGGACGCUCGCGAGGCUUCGGCCUGCCUGGGCUUCCAGGAGGAGGAGCCCCCGGGGGAGAAGGCGGCCGUGCCCCGGGACUCCCCGCAGGAGGUGGCGGGCGGGGUGAAGGAGGAGGCCGGCGGGCUGCUGCAGUGCCCCGAGGUGGGCAAGGCCGACCGGUGGCUGGAGGACGGCCGGCACUGCUGCGGCGCCGCCGACUUCGGGGACCUCCCGCUGCUGCCGCCGCCCGGCAGGAAGGGGGACCUGGAGGCGGAGGAGUACUCGUCCCUGUGCGAGCUCCUGGGCAGCCCGGAGCAGAGGCCGGGCCUGCAGGACCCGCUGUCACCCAAGGCCCCGCUGCUGUGCGGCAAGGAGGAGGCGGAGGAGGUGCUGGACCCCAAGGCCGGCUGGGGGUCCCCCUGCCCCCUCUCCGGGGAGUCCGUCAUCUUGCUGGGCCCCACCGUGGGCGCCGAGUCCAAGGUCCAGAGCUGGUUCGAGGCCUCCCUGUCCCACAUGAAGCCGGGGCCAGAGGGGCCCCAGGGGGCGCUGGCUGCUGGGGAUUCCGCCGCCCGCGCCCCGGAGGCCUCCUCGGCUCAGAAGCCAAACAAGCCCGCGGUGCCCGAGGCGCCCAGCGCCAAGAAGGAGCCCGUGCCUCGCGGCAAAAGCCUGCGGAGCCGGCGGGUGCAGCGGGGACUGCCCGAGGCCGAGGACUCCCCGUGCAGGGCCCCGGCGCUGCCCAAAGACCUGCUGCUCCCCGAGUCGUGCGCCGGGCCCCCCCAGGGACAGAUGGAAGGGGCGGGGGCCCCGGGCCGCGGCGCCUCAGAAGGGCUGCCCAGGAUGUGCACACGCUCCUUCACGGCCCUGAGCGAGCCCCGCACGCCCGGACCCCCGGGCCUGCCCACCACCCCUGCCCCCCCGGACAAACUGGGGGGCAAGCAGCGUGCUGCCUUCAAGUCGGGCAAGCGGGUGGGGAAGCCCUCCCCCAAGGCCGCGUCCAGCCCCAGCAACCCGGCCGCCCUGCCCGUGGCCUCCGACAGCAGCCCCAUGGGCUCCAAGACCAAGGAGACAGACUCGCCGGACGCGCCGGGCAAAGACCAGCGCUCGAUGAUCCUCCGGUCCCGCACCCGGACGCAGGAGGCCUUCCACUGCAAGCGGCGGCGGCCCUCGGAGAGCCGGCUCCCCAACUGCCGCGCCGCCAAGAAGCUCUUGGCCAACAACCACCUGCCCGCCACGUUCAAGGUGGCCGGCAGCCCCCAGAAGGAGGGCAGGGCAGGCCAGCGGGCGAGGGUCCCCAAGCCUGGUGCCGGCGGCAAGCUCUCCGAUCGGCCCCUCCACGCCCUCAAAAGGAAGUCGGCCUUCAUGGCGCCCGUCCCCACCAAAAAGCGCAACCUGGUCUUACGCAGCAGCAGCACCGGCGGGGACGUGACGGAGGAGGAGGCCGAGGGCUCCCCCGCCCUCUUCAAGAGGAUGACCUCUCCCAAGAAGGCCAGGCCCGCCAAGGGCACCGGCGAGCCGUUGGCGAAUCCGCCACCCCCAGAGACCCCUGACGCCGGCCUGAAGCUGGCCUCUCGGGCGUCCUUCCAGGGGGCCAUGAAGACCAAGGUGCUGCCCCCCCGGAAAGGCCGGGGCCUGAAGCUGGAGGCCAUCGUGCAGAAGAUCACCUCGCCCAGCCUGAAGAAGUUUGCGUGCAGAGCGCCAGGGGCCCCUCCGGGGAAUCCUCUGAGCCCGUCCCUCCCCGAGAAGGACCGCGGACUCCAGAGCGCAGGGGGCAGCCCACUGGGGGCAGAAGAAGGUCUCUUCCACGUGAGCACCGGGCAGAAGCUCCCGGCAGCUUUGGGGACCGACCCGUUAUGCAGAAAUCCGACCAACAGAUCCUUAAAAGGUAAACUAGUGAACAGUAAGAAACUGUCCUCGACCGACAGCUUCAAAACGGAGGCCUUCACGUCCCCAGAGGCCCUGCUGCCUGGGGGCGCUGCCCUGGCGCCUAAGAAGAGAAGCCGGAAAGGGAGAGCUGGCGCCCUCGGCAUCCCCAAAGGCUCCCUGGAGAAGAGGCCUCAUCUAGGCCCAGCUCUGCUCCUGACUCCUCGAGACAGGGCCAGCGGCACUCAGGGGGGCAGUGAGGACAGCUCUGGUGGAGGAGGCAAGAAGCCAAAGACGGAGGAGCUGGGCCUGGCCUCCCAGUCCCCCGAGGGCCGGCCCUGCCAGCCCCAGACGAGGGCGCAGAAGCAGCCGGGCCACGCCAACUACAGCAGCUAUUCCAAGCGGAAGCGCCUCACGCGGGGCCGGGCCAAGAAUGCCACCUCCUCACCGUGUAAGGGGCGUGCCAAGCGGCGGCGGCAGCAGCAGGUGCUGCCCCUGGAUCCCGCGGAGCCUGAAAUCCGCCUCAAGUACAUUUCCUCAUGCAAGCGGCUGCGGGCAGACAGCCGCACCCCCGCCUUCUCUCCCUUCGUGCGGGUGGAGAAGCGGGACGCGUUCACCACCGUAUGCACUGUUGUCAACUCCCCUGGAGAGGAGCCCAAGCCCCACAGGAAGCCUUCCUCCUCCUCUUCGUCCCCUUGCUCUUUCUCCUUGGACGCAGCCGGGGCCUGCCUAGCCACGCUCCCUGGAGGCUCCGUCCUGCAGUCUCGGCCCUCCCUGCCCCUCUCCUCCACCAUGCACCUGGGGCCCGUGGUUUCCAAGGCCCUGAGUACCUCUUGCCUUGUUUGCUGCCUCUGCCAAAACCCGGCCAACUUCAAGGACCUUGGGGACCUCUGCGGGCCCUACUACCCCGAACACUGCCUCCCCAAAAAGAAGCCAAAACUCAAGGAGAGAGUGCGGCCAGAAGGCACCUGCGAGGAGGCCUCGCUGCCUCUUGAGCGGACACUCAAAGGCCUUGAGUGCCCAGCUGCCGCCGCCGCUACCACCCCCGCUACCGCCCCUGCCCCCACCCCCACCCCCGCCGCCACCCCCGGGAAGCCCCCCAGGCCUGACGGCCCGGCUGAUCUGGCCAAGCAGGGCUCCCUGCGCACCAGUGCCCGGGGCCUGUCGCGGCGACUGCAGAGUUGCUACUGCUGUGACGGUCGGGGGGACGGCGGCGAGGAGGCAGCCCUGGCCGACAGGAACCACAAGCACGAGGGCGGCAAGGAGCCGCCGGCGGAGCCCGGCGGGGACACCCAGGAGCACUGGGUGCACGAGGCCUGCGCCGUGUGGACGCGCGGCGUCUACCUGGUGGCCGGGAAGCUCUUUGGGCUGCAGGAGGCCAUGAAGGUGGCCGUGGACAUGACUUGUUCCAGCUGCCAGGAAGCCGGGGCCACCAUCGGGUGCUGCCACAGAGGAUGCGUGCACACCUACCACUACCCGUGCGCCAGCGACGCGGGUUGCAUAUUCAUCGAAGAGAACUUUUCUUUGAAAUGCCCCAAACAUAAGAGGCUGCCGUUGUAAUGCACCCCCGGCCGGAGGAGCCGCCGGAGCCCGCCCGCCGCCGCCGCCGAGGAGAGGAGCCGCCGGCGCAGCCCCUGGGCCUUUGCGCUGCUUCCGGCUCGGGCCCGGAGCCGAUCCCUGAUCCGGACCCCGGAUCCUGGAUCUGGCCGCCUCGGGCGGAAGCCAGUGGCCCCCGGUUGGGAAGCAAACAGGUUCCGGGUUCGUCUGCUUGCGGAACCGGACGGCGCAGGGCUUUCCCGCCCGCAUCCCCCGGCCAGGCCUGGAGAGCGGGAGCCCGCGGAGCGGCCAGGCGCCUUGGAACACCCAGGCCCCGGCGGGGGUGGGAAGCCGUUAGGCUGG